AUGGCCUGGGGCAGACAGCAAGAACCCCAGUCCCCCCCGCAGGAGUUGUUGGAUAAGCCUGUAGUCCGUCAGAAUCUGCCCGCCAAACUGCAACAGCUGGUUGAUCGAGACGAAGACUUCUACGACGAUCUGUAUUCGCAAUACUCCGUCAAUUCCACCGACACGCCAUACCGAUAUGCUGCGUACGCGAAUCGUAUCCGCACCAUUUUGGUAUCCGCCCACCGUUAUGUUGCCUACACCUCGGACAUCGGCGAGUCUUUCCGUCCCAUUGCCCAUCCAUGGCUUGUACGAUCGGCAUAUGGUAUUUCCUGGGCCUAUCUAUUGGGCGAUGUCGGUCAUGAAGGCUACAAGGCAUAUUUGCGCAAUCGAAAGGCUCUGACUCCCGCCGGCGAGGCGUACAAGGAUGCCAGCGAGAUCUCGCAUGAUCAAAUCAUCAAGGGCAUGGCAACUGGUAACAUAACAAUUGGAAAUCAGCACCCCGACUCCAAAGACGCGUCGUCUAACUGGCCCACCCUCGAAAUCCCACUUGCGGAAGAUUAUCGUAUGGUGAUGACAAAGCGCGCGGUGUUCCAGAGCAUCGCGAGCAUGGGAUUGCCGGCCUUCACUAUCCAUAGUGUGGUUAGGUACUCGGGGCGUAUGGUGAAAAAUGUCAAGGUGGCAUUCAUCCGUACCUGGACCCCUAUUGGGCUUGGUCUCGCCGUUGUUCCGUUCCUCCCAUAUAUUUUCGAUCACCCUGUGGACGAAGCAGUCGAAUGGGCCUUCCGUACUGGUCUUCGUGCAUACGGCGGCGAAGCUGCUGUUCGCCCACUGCCAGGUCGCAGUCUUCCACCGCGAGAGGAAGAAGAAAGUCGCGCAGUAGCGGCGGCAAAUAUCUCAUGGGACGAAUACAAGGCUGAGCGGGAACGAUCGCGCGAGCUUCGUCGCCAGACCGAGGAAAGCAGCAGUGGUGCACUUACAUCACUUACCAACUGGUUCGGGCAGUCUGAAACAGAUUCGAAGAAAAAGAAGGAGUGA